CGUGCGGACAACACAACAAGCAACAACAACACCAAAAACAGUUAAAAGAAAAGCAACAAGCAACGGGCAGAAAGUUAACUUUCGUGUGUGUGUGUGUGUGUGUGGAGAAAGGCUUAGGCUUAGCCAAAGUGAGCUUACUAGAUUCACAAAUUUGCAAAGAAGAAAAACAAACACAGAAACAACUUUUCAUUUCAUUGACAAUGAUCGAUGGUUGACAUUGAUUCUGGGCCUAAUGAUGACUUGUUGCACGCGUUGCAGAGACGGCAACAGAAGCAGCACCAGCAGCAGUAGUUCAGGGCUAUCGGGUUAAAAACCAGUUCAAAGUUUAUUUUAAACACAAGAAGAAGCUAAAAAUAUUACAAAAAGCUCUCAGAUCAGAGACAAUCGAUUCAAGAAGAAGAAAGAAAUUUCAAGCCAUUAAGCAAAGCGCACAUGCUAUAAAGACAAAGAAAAGGGAGGGAGGGAGAGAAAGACAGCACCUGAGCCCCACUGAGAGAGAGAUUGAGAGACCGAGUGAAAGAGAGUCAGUCAAAAAGUGGGGGAGAAGAAUGAGAGAGGGCAAUUAACAAUUAGGACAAGAACCGUUCGUUCGUUCGUUCGUUCGCUUGAUCGUGUGUUCACUCGUUUGCUGUUGGUUACCAGUGCUUGCAAAACUGUGCGGCUCUUAAACUGGGCUUACCAUGCGGAAGUGUUUAUAGAUCUCUCUCUCUCUCAGUCUAAGUGACAUUGCAUAAUUCUUGACCAACAAGAGAAAAACCGCACAAACUAAAUAAAAUCACAGUAACAAAUCACAGAGGGGAGAAGAAGAAAAAAACCAUGCGCCAGAAAUCUAUAAACCAAAAUUGGCAAACUGAUGAAUUGUGUGAAAAUAAUAUAACAAACAACAAACGAGACACAAAAGGCAAGCUCUGUUCGUGACUCUAAAACUUGACUAAAAACAAACCAAAACAAAAAUAAACUGUGAAAGAAAAAAAAAAAACAAAACUAACGUAAAAUCCAUAAACUUGACUAAAAUGUAUAAGCAGUGGCAAAUAAAUUCACUUUCAUUGCUGCUUUGGCUAGCGGCGCUGCUCCAUGUGGCAGCGCUGCAACAACAACAACAACAACAUUUGCCGCCAGCAACAACUCCUCCAACAGCAGCAGCAACACAAACAAUUUAUAUCAGACUCUUGAAUGCAACCACCAAAAAUGCUGAUGCAGCAGCAGCAGCAGCAGUUGAUUCCACUUUCAUCGACAACAUGGACAACAACAUGGAUUCAGCAGCCUCCGCCUCCGCCUCAGCCGCCGCCUCCUUCGAGCAGCAGCAACAACAACCAUUGCAAUUUGCACAAAUAACAGCAUUAGAUAAAGAAGUAGUGGAACGAUUGAUCAAGCAAUGGGCACCAAUUGUUUGGUUAGCACCCGAAGAAAAAUUCCUACCCUUGGGUGUCGAAGAAUUCCUCCAGCAUGUUCAUCCCAUGGACAAGGAAAGAGAUCCCUCGUCUCCGGGCAUACAAUUUCGAGAUUUUUCAACUAAAUCGCAUUUGGUUACCAAUUCGGAAGUUCAAGAUUUAUUAGAGAAUGAGCAAUCCUUUAUCUAUGGACGUAAUCCGAAUGAGAAACCAGUACCCAUUUAUGGUGUGGUCAAUUUGUGUCCCACGAAAGCUAACAAAGAUCUGCCACCGCCUUUGCCGCCUUUGCCAACGAUGGCCAGUACACGAGGUCCCUACAUUCCCGUCUCGAUUGAUCCCCUGGACGAGCGUAAUGAAACAUUGCGAAGAUCUUCACGACUUUAUCCACUGUUUCAACGUGUUAAGCGACAAGCGCCUCCUAAUCUCGACUUGGUGAUGGGUGAAACAGAGGGUAAACCCAAUCAACCCCCUCCAAAAACAGCUGAUGUCGGACUUCUUGGUAUGGUUGGCGGCGAGCAAUUGGAUCAAAUGGAAAAUGCUCUACCACCCAUUAACAACUUCAUUGCGAAUCUCAAAGACAAUGUGAAAUUCAGUGGCGGACCCGAAAAUAAUCUCGAAGAUAAUACCAUAUCAGAGACAGCCUCUCAAGAGGAGCAGGAGGAAGAAAUCAAGGGACAUCUGCCAUCAUUUCAUGUCACCUAUUGGAUGUUCUAUCCGUACAGUCAGGGCAAGACGAUGUGCACAUUGAGUUUAGGCCCCUUGGGUCGCAUACCCUUUCCCGCCGUCUAUGGCUAUUGUUUGGGUAAUCGCAAGGAUAUUGGCAGCCAUGUGGGCGACUGGGAGCACAUGAGUCUCUAUUUCAAUGGCAAUGCCGAGCCACAAGCGAUGUAUGUCUCGGCGCAUGAUGCGGGCGCCUACUAUAGCUACAAUCGUUUGACCGGCUCGUUCGAAUUUCGUCGCCAGGAGACACGCAAAGGCAUAUUACAGCGUCCGAAUUUCCCAAAAACUGUCACCACCUUCAAGAAUCAUCCGGUUCUGUUUGCUGCCAAGGGGUCGCAUGGCCUAUGGACGGCUCCGGGUAAACAUCGCUUCGUUAAAGUGGCUCGUUUAUAUGAUAUUAAUGGUUUUGGCACUCCGUGGAAUACAUGGAAAGCGGUGGAUAUAAGCUAUGAAAAUCUACGUUCAUAUGGUCGCUCAUUGGUGCCCGAUUGGUUAACGUAUCGCGGCAAAUGGGGCAAUCCGAAAAGUAAAUGUCAUCCAUUCCGUCGCAUUGGCUUGAACUUCUGUGAAUUCACCGAUGGACCUACAGGUAUCCCUCUGAAAGAGCCCCACUUUCAAUGCGGCAAUGACUAUCGCUGAGGAUGAUGAAGAUCGUAAAUAAAUCUAGCCCUUAAGUAUUUAUUGUGAGAAAUGCAAAAAAAAACAAUCCUCCUAUCCCCCAAAAAUAAAUAUUA